UUCCUCCAACUUUUCCACCCUUCCUUCCCCUCCCUCUCUUGCUUCCCCCCCCCCCCCGUUUCUCUUUUUCCUUCCUUCCUCUCCCUUCCAUCUUCCUUUCCUUCCCUCCCUCCUUCCUCUCUCCAAGAUCCCCCAAUGCAGGCCCCUCUGGCUUUCUGUAGUCCGGCCUUGGCGGAAGGCACUUAAAAGGCUGGGCUAGGAGUGGAAUCCUGGAGCUGCUUUCAAUGCUCCGGACCGAGAUUUGAUUCCGGAGUGGAUGCCUGGCUCUUGUUAGAUUCCGGAGCUGUGUUGCUAUGUACAUCCCUUUCGCCUAGCAACCGGGCAGGCAUUCUGCCUUUUUAAAGAGCCCCUGUUCCAGUUCCUUUUUUUUUUUUUUUGGUGGUUCCCCUCCCCUCUCCGGAAGGGCAGCGCUCUUAAUUGGAAGGUCAGCCAUGGCACCCAAAAAGAGGGGGCGCAAAAAAGAGGAGGCCCCCAAAGAACAAGAGGUGGACGACAGUAUUGUGCCGGAGCACAGCCGAGAAUUUUAUCUGAUCCAGAUACGAGAUUUGGAGGGGCGCCUGGCCCGAUACCAGCAGAAAUGGGACCAGCUGCAGGUAAGCGAAGAACUCUUUCGGUGCGAAUAUGAGAAGAUGUUGACGGACAACAAGGAGAUCGUCGCCUUCCUGAAGAAGACCCUCAACCAGCGGGUGGACGAGAUCGCCGACUUGACCCUCCAGCUGCAGAACCUCCAGCAGGCCAAAGACCUGGAGAAGGACGCCUUCGAGACCCAGCUGGUCCAACUGAGGCACGAAUUCCAAGAAACCAAGGACCAGUUGACCUCGGAGAACAUGCUGCUGAGUGGGAAGCUGGCCGCGCUGGAGGAAUUUCGGCUGCAGAAAGACGAGAUUUUGGCGAAAUUUGCCGAGCGGGAAAACCAGCUGAGGAAGGAAGAGGAGCAGCACAAGGACGUCAUCUACAACCUCGAACGGAAGGCCGUCAUCGACAAAGAGAGAAUGAAGAAGGACAUGCUCCACCGGGUGAACGCCGUGGCCGCCGAGUUCCGCAAAGUGGCCAACAACCAGAUGGCGGAGACCACCAAGCGCACCAUCCGGGAGAACGUGGCCAUCAGCCUGCAGCUGACCAAGGUGACGGAGCAGAGCCUGCAGCUGAUCCAGGAGAACGACCGCCUGAAGGCGGCCCACGCUGAGGCCGCCAAGCAGCUCCAGCUGCUGGAGCAGAACGAGAAGAAGAUGGUCAAGAACAGCCUCGGCCACCAGAAGAUGAUCUGGAUGCUGACGGAGAAGUGCAAGGAGCUGCAGAGUGAGCUGGAGGAGCAGCGGAAGACCAAAGCCCACCUGGCCAAGGUGCAGAAGUCCAGCGAGAUGCUCCUCCAGCAGAACCUGGUCCUCCGGGAAGAGCUGAGCAUGCUGAAAGAAGACCUGGACCAAAAGCUGGCCAAGGAUCACGAUCAGCUGAAGCUACUGCAGAGCGAGCAGCAGCGCCGGGUCCAUGCCGAGAAUCUGCUAAAGCACACGGCCCAAGGGCUGAAGGAAGCGCUGGUGGAACGGCCGUUGCCGGAGGAGGAAGACAGGGACUUUGACGUGAUGUUCCAGUUGCGGCGCAGAAACGCCUUGCAGGGCAUCCUCCAUUUUGUGCAAAGGGGCGUCGCCCGCCUGGACGCUCAGCAGGGCCUCCAACCCAUCACGAUCGAGAGCAAGGUGGUCAAAGUCACCAACCUGUCCAGAAGCUUCUCCACCGAGUGGCACACCAAGGCCUCGCGCACCACCUCCCACUGCAACAUAUUCCAGCUGCCCAAGCCGGUACACAGCCUGCCUUCCCUGGAGUCCGUCUCCUCCACCCAGCUGGUCUCCAUCCGGCCCUACAGCAGCGCCAAUGAGUCUAUCUCAUCAUGGAGAGCCGAGAAUAACAGCCAAGGCAGCCCGCCGGCCAGGAGCGCUGUCCACGUGCCAGCGGAAGGCGGGCAGGGAUCGGAGGAGGUGGCGAUCCGCGAAGACUUGCCGGAAAUAGUGUCCCAUCUUGCCAGGCAGGAGCUGCUCAGCAAGUAGGGCAGAAGAUAGAGGGGUGGGGGGCUGAAGCUAUUCCUCCUGGGGGGGAAGGGGAAACGGCACCCACACACGGCGGCUUUAUUCUUUAAUAAAUACCUGGAAUUGACCGGUGCAAACCCGGAUAAAAACGGAAAUGAGGAGAGCGCCUCGUAGCCAGGAGUGAGAAAUGAGAACGGCUCCAUCCGUGGCAGAGACCCAACGGGGGGGG